CCUGGGUACGAAUAUUUGGUGUCGUCGUCUGAGCUCUCGUCCGUUAGUUUGUUACGGAUUGUCGUUCAGUGCGCAGCAACGAGUGACGCCAUCAUAAGAUCAGCUUCCAGUGAUUCAGUUUCCCGUGUUUGUGUCCCCCCCCAAAACAGUGACCAACAUCGUCGUCGUCCAGAUGUUCAAAUUAAAAUUAAUAACAACGUUUUAAUCACCAAACCAAUUCGCGCUACCGAUUAGCGGCGACUCGUAAGUGAAAACGGUCUUCCCACCCAGUGUGGUUAUCGGUGAUUCGUGUUGCGUGUGCAGUGAAAAAAACAAAAUAACACGCGCUGUAACUUCAACACGUGCCAAUCAUUGCCAUAUCGCCAAAACCAAAGCGAAAGACCCGUGAAGACUUGCGAUCCCCCGCUCCCCAUACUGUGUACUAGCGAGAAGUUGUGUGGUGAGUCGUACAGCAGCCAGCUGCCACAGUAGUUAAGUCUGGCUGGUGCAUCCCGUUUGUCCCGGCGGGCCACAUCCCGUAGUUGGCGUCUGGGGCGCAUCACAGCAGGAGCAUGUGCAAGGAGCGGCUGGCCUACGCAGAUGACAAUUUUGCACCGCUGGCGUAGGGAGCCAACGCGGGAACCUCCUUAGACAGUGGAGGCCAACUCCUUCAACUAUCCCCCCACUCCACACGCACACACACACACACACACCCGCAAGCAUCUACUUCUACAAGUGUUUUAGCAGUUAGUUUCGAGUGUUGAGGACACUUGCGUGCCUCCAAUCGACCGAUCCGCGAGCAUCUCUAAUGGGCUAACUGUAAGCGGGCCAAGGAACAAGGCGCCGCGCAAGAUCUCGAUCGUUCCCGAGGCGUUCCACGAUCAAGCAAGCAAGCAUGUAUCAAGCCGCGCGCACCGUUGCGGCAUCGAGCUCGAGCCGGCUGCAUUCACCCGUCGCCUGGAACCGGAAGUCGGAGUACUACGAUCUGGAGGCGGGCGAAGCCGAACGUACGCCGCUACUGUACACGAGGGAGAGCGCCCGUGAAGCGUAUCGGCGGGCGAAGCGGCGGGCCGAAGAUCCGACCAAGAUCCAUCCGGUGGCGGUAGGUCUGAUGGUGGCGUUGCUGAUAUUCCUGUUGCUUGGUGUGGUGAUUGGCGUGUAUCUGCUGCUGCUAACGAUUCAACGUCCUUGGCCCGUUUCGCAUCCGUUCUUUCUGGUGGAACGACCCGCCUGGUGGCAAUAUCCGGUCGCGCUGGAGGCAGCAACACUCGACAAGCAAGCCGUCACGGACGUGAUCGUGGUGGAUACGGGUGCGGAAGGAUGUUUCGAUCAGGAGAGCUGUGUCCGGUUGCUCCAAAACACCGAACAACGCUGCUGGACGGCAAGCCGUGACCACAUCCCGUACAACUUUCUCAUCGGAGGUGAUGGUGUGACGUACGAGGCGCGUGGCUGGAAGAGUCAGCACGGAUUCGAAGAUCUGCCCGGUCGAAACACAACCCUAGUAGUGGGCAUGAUUGGCAACUUCACCGAUCGUCAACCGACCGCUGUACAGUACGCCGAGCUGAAAGCAUUCUUCACCGAGUCGAUCCGUCGCUUUAGCCUCUCGCCACACUAUCGACUGCACGGGUUCAUCAAUACGACGCACGCCAGCAACGAUGGUGCCGCCCUGUACGGCCAGCUGCAACGAUGGCCCCACUGGAAGGGUUUCGUGUGAUGUGAGCUUCGGAAAGGCUUCGAUGCUUCUUCCUUGGUACACAUUUUAUUGGCAAAAGAAACCGCCUCACGUUCUUAGCUAUUAGUGCAAACAUUUUGUCGCUUCAUUUGGGACCUUCCCUCUGUUUCGUGCGUGCGCACACACACACACCCUACUACUAAAAGCUAGCGCUAACCUGGUAGAGGGUUUGAAUGUUGUGAUUGUAGUUCUCCAAAGUAUUAACGCAUCAGCAAUCAAGCUUUUAGCUGCUGAAAGCACUGUUCGAAAAUUCACUCACUUCAAGAAAGGUAACGCAAAAUAAACAAAAGAAAAACAUGGUGAAGAUAGUAUGCAACCAACGAAACGGAAUGAAAUGGAAAAAGUAGUAAGAAAAUAUA